AUGCUAAAUAUUAACGGUAUUAUUUCCAAAAAUUAACAACAUUGUUUUAAUCUCACCUAAACAAAGUGACCUACAAACGCGUCGCGAAUCGGUUCGCCCGAAUCAUUCAAAUGAAUUCAGUUCAAAACAAAGAGUUGUUCGCGAAUCGGGCAUCGCAAUCUCGGGCGUAUAACGGGAUCUGGACCGAACAGGGCGACGGCUCGGGCAGAACACCGAGACCGAAUGCAGAAGCUGACCACGGGGAACGGCAGUACGGUACCGUCGAGCUGUGUUUGAGCGCGGGACAGAGACUGACGUCAGAGGAGCGUCUCUGGCCUCAUUGUCUGUAAUAUGUUUCUGAUUCCCGGCACAUAUACCGGUAUUUAACUCAUCAUGUGACCUGUGUUCUCCGCGUUACAUUUAUAUCUAGAGCUUUAGAAGCAAUGCUGUUUAUUUCUCGUCUAACGAUGGUUUCUGUACAUCGAUGUGUGAUGAUCAGCAUAUAGCCAGCAUGAUGGGAUUUCAGGACUGAUUAUGUUGUAGUAUGCUGGCUGAUAUAUGUUGAGGGUGUUGUCUGGGGGUCAGUGUCGGUCCGGCACCCAGCUGGACCCACAGGCCGACUCAAAGCAACCUUAGCAGAACGCUUCAUCGGCUCUUUAAUAAUGUUCUCAAAACACUAGCACGGAAACAUCAUUUACAUCAUUCAUAGAAUAUUUUUUCUAAAAAAAAAAAAUUUUUUAGACAAACGUUUUUUUUUUUAAAUGUCACGACUUGUUUAAGAACUAAUUCAAACGUAACAUUCCCAUAAUGUUAGCAAAGUUGUAAUAAAGAAAGUUUAAACAGUGAUAAAACCAUUUUUAAAACAUUCAGUAUAAGGUUUUCCCAGCGUAAUGGGACGGAGCCGCGGUUAGCCUGUGUCCGGCCCGCGGGUCUCUGAGCUGUGUUGCGGCGCCUCGGCCCAUGCCGGUGUCGUGCUGCGGGGCGCUGGGGCCCGGCUCGUCCCCCCGCAGGAGCGUCCCGGGCCCGGCCGGGGUCAGGGCCUGUCUGGGCCAGCCCAGCGCCUCCGACGGGCUGAAGAUGCUGCGCUCCUCCUUCAGUCUGGAGGGAGUGGAGGAGCGGGACGAGGACCAGGAGGAGGACGGAGAGGACCAGCGGGACGGGGGGGUGCCCUUCAUCAUCAACAGGGGGGGUCUGCCCGUGAACCCCGACACCUGGGAGCAGAUGUGGCAUCACGUGACCCGCAUACACCCGGACGGAGGAGCGCUGGGCGGGCGGAUCCGGGGAACCAGCGACCUGCCGAAGAUCCCAGUACCGAGUGUGCCUUCUCUCCCGGCCAGCGCCAGCGUUCCCCAGCGCCUGGAGGCCAUUCAGAGAUACAUCAGGGACCUGCAAUACAAUCACACUGGAACACAGUUCUUCGAGAUCAAGAAGAGCCGGCCACUCACCGCAUUGAUGGACAUUGCCAAGGAAAUGACAAGAGAAUCUCUACCAAUCAAAUGUUUGGAAGCCGUUAUUCUCGGGAUUUACCUCACCAACAGCAUGCCGAACGUGGAGCGGUUUCCUCUCAGCUUUAAAACACAGUUCUCAGGGAGUUAUUUCCGUCACAUAGUGCUGGGCGUGCACAGCGGGGGCCGCUUCGGGGCCUUGGGCAUCAGCCGGCGCCAGGACCUGAUGUACAAGCCGCUGGAGUUCAGGACGCUCAGCGACCUCCUGCAGGAGUUCCAGGCGGCCUAUCGGGGCUACUGGCACACGCUGUGCAAGGUCAAGAUCGGGCACUACGUGUCCCACGACCCCCACAGCGUGGAGCAGAUCGAGUGGACGCAUUCGGUGCUGGACGUGGACAAGCUGUCCAGCGAGGAGCUGAGGAAAGAGCUGGAGAGGCACACCCGGGACAUGAGGCUGAAGAUCGGUAAAGCCGCUCCGCCGUCGCCCCCCAGGGACCGGAGGAAGGAGGUGGGAUCUCCUCUGAGGACCCCGGGGAGCCCGAUGCGCAAGAACAGCCCGAGCGACAGACGGCUGGCGGUGGAGAAGAGAGCGGGGCCCGCGGCGGAUCUGAACGGAUACCAGAUCCGGGUGUGAGAGACUCGACACGAAGAGGAUCGUGUGCUCACUCAAUCCCUCCUCACACCACUGCAUCAUAUUUAUAUUCAUUUCACAUUUAAUCUGUAAAUAGAGUGCACUUAACCUUUACCUCUACUAGUAGACUAAUGUACAGGCUAGUCUGUAGUGCCUUUGAUCAGAAAAAAUGAUUUUUCAGCCCUAAUGUCUAAAAACAUCCUUAAGUCAACAUACAUUUACUGGAGAAGCAAAAUAACUAA